AUGGCUCAAAACUCUGCAUCCCAGAACCCACUCCCCAAGCUCACAAUCAAUCACUCUGCAGUUGGGGAAAACACCGCCCCUUUGACCGAGAACCCUCCUCCAGUUGAUCAGCAGACUCGCGCUCAGAUUGCCGAAGCUGCUGCGAACGAUGGCACCGCCGCCCCCAAGGUGAAGACCGAGAAGGAAUUGGAGCGCGAGCGUAAGAAGGCCGAAAAGGCGAAGAAGUUCGCUGAGAAGCAGGCCAAGGCUAAGACCGCGAAGCCUGCCGCACCCAAAGUCGAGAAGAAGGUGCAGAAGGUUGAGAAGGAAAAGACCGCCGACGCAUACGACCCCAAGGUCAUUGAAGCCGGUCGCCUUGAAUGGUGGGAGGAGCGAGAUCUCUUCAAGCCAGAAUGGGGUCCCGACGGCAAGGUUAAGCCGGAGGGCUCCUUCGUCAUUCCUAUCCCUCCUCCUAACGUCACUGGCUCUCUCCACAUGGGUCACGCCCUGACCAAUGCUCUGCAAGAUACCAUGAUCCGAUGGCAGCGCAUGAAGGGUAAGACGACCCUGUGGCUCCCCGGCAUGGAUCACGCCGGUAUCUCCACCCAGAGUGUUGUCGAGAAGAUGCUUUGGAAGAAGGAGAAAAAGACCCGUCACGAUCUGGGACGUGAAGCCAUGGUCAAUCUCAUCUGGGACUGGAAGGAUGAGUACCACAAGAACAUCAAAAACGCUCUUCGAAGAGUUGGUGGAUCCUUCGACUGGUCCCGCGAGGCUUUCACCAUGGAUCCGAACUUGUCUGCUGCUGUGACCGAGACCUUCGUCCGGCUUCACGAAGAGGGUAUCAUUUACCGUGCUAACCGCCUGGUCAACUGGUGUGUUGCUCUUAACACGUCUCUUUCCAACCUUGAAGUUGAGAACAAGGAAAUUGAGGGCCGCACGCUCUUGGACGUUCCUGGGUACGACCGUAAGGUCGAGUUCGGUGUGCUCACGCACUUCUGCUACGAAAUUGACGGCACUUCUGAGCGUAUCGAAAUUGCCACAACUCGUCCCGAAACAAUGAUCGGUGAUAGCGGUAUCGCCGUUCAUCCCAACGAUCCUCGUUACAAGCACCUGAUCGGCAAGAACGCCCGUCACCCCUUCGUUGACCGUUUGCUCCCCAUUGUUGGCGAUGAAGGUGUUGAGCCUGAGUUUGGUACCGGUGCCGUAAAGAUCACCCCGGCUCACGACUUCAACGAUUUCAACCGUGGCAAGCAGCACAACUUGGAAUUCAUCUCCGUCUUGAACGACGAUGGUACUUUCAACAAGAACGGAGGACCUUUUGUUGGCAUGAAGCGCUUCGAUGCUCGUUACAAGGUCAUUGACAUGCUCAAAGAGAAAGGCCUGUACGUCAAGUGGGAGCACAACCCUAUGAAGGUGCCCCGCUGCUCAAAGUCGAACGAUGUGAUUGAGCCUAUCCUCAAGCCCCAAUGGUGGAUGAAGAUGGAGUCCCUGGCUGGCCCUGCUAUUGAGGCUGUCGAAAAGGGCGACAUCAUCAUUCGUCCCGAGUCUGCGGAGAAGAACUACUUCCGCUGGAUGCGCAACCUCAACGAUUGGUGUCUGUCUCGUCAGCUUUGGUGGGGUCAUCAGGCCCCCGCUUACUUCGUAAAUAUCGAGGGCGAGGAGAAUGACGACUCCAAUGGUGAAUUUUGGGUCACCGGUCGCACCGAGGAGGACGCUCGCAAGAAGGCCGAGGCCAAAUUCCCCGGUAAGAAGUUCACUCUGGACCGUGAUCCUGACGUCCUCGAUACCUGGUUCUCCUCUGGGUUGUGGCCAUUCUCGACUCUGGGCUGGCCUCGUAAGACGCAUGAUUUCGAGAACCUCUAUCCUACUUCUGUUCUCGAGACUGGUUGGGAUAUUCUGUUCUUCUGGGUUGCUCGCAUGAUCAUGCUGGGCAUCAAGAUGACCGGUCAGGUUCCUUUCCGGGAGGUGUACUGCCACUCUCUCAUCCGCGACUCUGAGGGUCGCAAGAUGUCUAAGUCUUUGGGUAACGUCAUCGAUCCUCUGGAUGUGAUGGAGGGUAUUCAGCUUCAAACGCUGCACGACAAGCUGCUUGUCGGCAAUCUCGCCGAGAAGGAGGUCGCUACUGCGACCAAGUACCAGAAGAAGGCUUUCCCUAAGGGUAUUCCCGAGUGCGGUGCUGACGCCCUUCGCUUCGCUCUUGUCUCUUAUACCACUGGUGGUAUGUACUCUCCCUACAACUUCAUCAUCCGCUUUGCUAACCUUCACCCAGGUGGUGACAUUGCCUUCGAUGUACAGGUCAUUCACGGUUACCGCCGCUUCUGUAACAAGAUCUACCAAGCGACUAAGUUCGUCCUUGGUAAGCUUGGCGAUGACUUUAAGCCGUUGGCCACUGUUACAAAGACCGGUCACGAAUCACUAUCCGAGCGCUGGAUCCUGCACAAGCUCAACGCCGCUGCCAAGGAGAUGAACGAGGCUCUGGAGGCUCGUGAAUUCUCGGUGACUGCCAACGUUUCCUACCAGUACUGGUACGCUCAGCUGUGCGAUGUCUUCAUUGAGAACUCCAAGUAUCUGCUGGCUGAGGACGCGACCCCCGAGACUCAGGAAUCUGCCAAGCAGACUCUCUACACUGCUCUUGAGGGGGCUCUGUGCCUCAUCCACCCCAUCAUGCCUUUCGUUACCGAGCACCUGUGGCAGCGUCUGCCCCGUCGCCCCGACGACAAGACCUUCUCGAUCAUGCGUGCCAAGUACCCCGAGUACCGUGCCGAGUUCGAUGAUCCCGCUGCCGAAAAGGCCUAUGAGCUCAUCUUGAACACCUCCAAGGCCAUUCGCUCCAUUCUUGCUCAGUACGAUGUCAAGACCAAGGGUGACAUUAUCAUCCAGACCUACGAUGCCACUAGCGAGAAGACUGUGUCUGAGCAGCUCACUUCCAUCCAGUCACUGGGUGGCAAAACUUUGGGCGAGCUUUCGCACGUUGGCCCGGAAAACAAGACUCCCCCCGCUGGCUGUGUCGUGGCUGCCGUUGGCGCCGAGGCCGCCGUCUACCUGCGUGUGUCUAAGGAGGUCGCUCUCGAGCAGGAGGAGAAGGCCAAGGCCAAUCUUGAGCGCGCUCGGGAGACCGUGCGCCGAUCGCAGACCGUCAUGAGCGCUCCCAACUGGAAGGAGAAGGUCAAGGUCGAAGUUCAGGAGGCUGAGGAGAAGCGCCUGCGCGAUGCUGAGAGUGAGGCUGCUCGCUUGGAGGAACAGAUCAAGGAGUUUGAGAAGCUGCGUUUGGAAUGA